AUGCGUCAAGGAGAUGCAGCUGCUGCAGGCGCAGGAGGUAGUCAAGGACCAAGACCAUCGAACAAGCGUCUACAGCAGACACAGGCACAAGUCGAUGAAGUCGUAGGAAUCAUGAAAGUGAACGUUGAGAAAGUUCUCGAACGUGAUCAGAAGCUAUCGCAACUUGACGAUCGUGCCGAUGCUUUACAGGAAGGAGCUUCGCAAUUCGAAAAGUCGGCUGCGACGCUGAAGAGGAAAUACUGGUGGAAGAACAUCAAGAUGAUGAUUAUCAUGUGCGCAAUCACUGUGAUUCUGAUCAUCAUCAUUGUGCUCUGGGCUGGCGGAAAGUGAAAGCAUUGAUGUCAAAGAGGUUUGCUGCCAGUGGGCCGCAUCGUAUAAAUCUGCACACUCGUAAUUCACCACUUCCCCCCAAAAGCCUCAGUUUCGCCGACCGAAUUGAAUCUUUUAUUGGUUGUGUUCAUCGCUUAUCUUCCUGUAGGCAAAUAUGAGUUUAUGAUGUAUACAUUAUCAUUUAGGUAGUCUUUGUCUAAAUACUAUUUAUUCCAAAUUUUCUUACUAAAAAACCGUUUCCUCAUGUGUAUUCAAUUGUGAAAAGAAGAGAGCUACUUGCUGCUUAUUUUUUUACUGAACUGUGAGCGAACGCUCUCCAAGUCGAAUACCGUCUGACAUGAAUACCAGAUUUACAUAAUGUUUUAUCGAACCAUGUCACCACAUAAAUACCAUAGUGGAUGCAUCAUGUUUAUGUUCAGAUAAUGUGCUAUGUUAUAACUGUUUUUACACAGUGGUAGUCGGUAGUUGUGACGGUGCACUUGUUCAAUAAAUUUAUCUCCUUUC